UUGUUUAAAACAAUCACUUUUAAUUUAACUAUUCAGUGGCGAAGCCUUCAAUUUCUCGGAACAACGUCCGAUUGGUACAACAGACCGAAGAUUAGGUGGUAUUCGACGCUAGAAACGAGCAAUAGCGAUGGUAUUCCUUAGGCCAAUGUUGAACGCAGCCAAACGCAUUCCGCUGAUCAAAUUCCGUAAGGGAGGACCACAUCUGGAAAGCAGCGGUGCUGGACAUCCGGCACAAGCAGCUGCUGCAGGAGCCGGUGCAGCACAAACGAGAUCGGUUUCAUCUGGGCAAGCGAUCGAAGAAUGGCAACUGCCAGCCAGAUAUCGUAGGAAGCAAAUCGACGAUGUCGAGAUUGAAUGGAUUAACCGCGGAGGACCACCGGCGUAAAGUGCUUCCCCUGAACCGCUUGCGGGAGUUGAUCCUAGUCACUUAAGCUACUAUCACAUACAAACCAACAAAUAAAUCAUCUUUGUCAUCGUUAUUAACACAUCUCUCGUACGUCUGUGUAGUUAUCGCAUUGUAACGUUGACCUUUUCGCAAAAAGAGAGCUGCUGGUCCGUUCAAGUUGAGUCGUAUCACACAAAUAGACACCAAACAAAAAUCUCCUACCAAACCCUAAAUACAGUGAGCAAAGAGGAAGGAGGAACCUAUCAAUAUCAACGAAGGUGCUAAUUGGACGAAAACGAGAAAAUUAAAUCGGCAGUUGCCUACACUUCUUCGACCGCUAACAGCCGAACAGUGAAUCUAUUUGGUUGCCAACUGCGAAAAAGACAAGUGUUGAUUGAAAUUGAUAAUUUUUUAAAUUGUAUUUAUUAUAUAUGAUUCAAAUAAAGCUUACGAAACGAAGAUAAGC